AUGAGGAUGGCACCAACAGAGUCAACAGAAGGAAGAUGGCUCUGGCCAGGCCCCAGGGAGGGAGGCAGCGGUAAGGAAACAACUUCAGAGAAGUUAAGCAACUUGCCCAGGCCACACAGCUAUUCAGCAAAGAGAGGCUAUGCUGAGUCCUUCAGGGGAGGGCCUGAAGCAUUCCAAAAAUGUAGAGAAGUGUUCAGAGCCUGCUGGGGAAGCAGGGAGCUGCUAUUCCUGUUCAAGGCAACCAGUGAGGCUGGACCUGCCCAGAAUUCAUGUGGAAUCACCCUAGAGAAGGCUGGUGGCUUAGAAGACACUGGAUCUCGCAGGCUCAGCUGGGCACAGUGCAAGGUGCUAUACAUAAAUGGUUUCACUGACCCCUAG